GUUUUGGGGGUGUCCGGAAGGGUUUGGGGGUCCCGGGGGUUCCCUGCGCGUCCGGUACCCCGCUCCGUCCUGCUGCAUCCCCCGGCCCCGUCCCGCUCCCCCAAGGCCAUGUCGGACCCGUCGCUGCUCUCGGCCGAGCUGGAGGCGGACGAAGAGGAGGAGGCGGCGGCGCUGCGGCGGCUGCUGCUGCAGGUGCCCCCGGACCGUGAGGAGUCCCCGCGCCCCGGCCCCGCCCGGGCGGUGACGCCACAACCGGGGCUGUGCGUGAAGACCCGCGCCGGGGGGCACAAGGUGUUCCUCAAUAUCUGCCACUCGCCCGCGGUGCCGCCACCGCCCCCCGUGCCCGCCCCGGGGCUGCAGCAGCUCCUGCGGGAGCCCCCCGGGCCUGACGGCGCCUUCCGGAUCCCCAUGAGCCUGGGGGAGCCGCAUGCCGAGCUGGACCGAGGCGGCCAUGGCUGCACCGCCUACGACGUCGUGGUCAACUCGGAUUUCUUCAGGACGCUGCAGGCCGACCCUCUGUACCUCGAGUUCUUCCUGACCGUGGCCAUGGAGGGGCUGUCAGAGAAGUACGGGCUGGAGCUGGAGCUGACUGGCUGGCGCGUGCUGCGGAACCGGAAAUUCCUGGGCUCCAUCUCGGCCCAGAACAUCCGGACCCGGCCACAGCCCCACAUCCAGGAGCUCCCGGGCCCCCCGGAUCCCCCCCAGUUUGUGGUGGUGGCUGAGCCCUCGGCCCAGGACCCACAGGUGCUUCAGGCCCGGGUGCACCUACCCCAGGUGGAGGGGGCGGGGUCUCUGUGGCUGGGGCUGAGCGAGGAGCGGCUGCUGCUGCUCCGCCCGCCGCCGCCGGGGGGCGCCGCUGGAGCCGCCGCAGGCCUGCCCGCCCAUCAGGGGGCGCUGCUGGAGCUGGGGCUGCCGCUGCCCGCCGACCCCGCGCGGUGCCGCGCGCGCUUCCACCGCCGCUCCAAGGUUCUCACCGUGACGAUGCCGCUGAGGGCGUGAGGGGCGAGGGACCCCCAGCCCCACCACGGGCCCCACCUAGGGCAACCAGGAUCACCUGGGACCCUCUCCAGGAUCACCCGGGACCCUCCCGAGGAUUGUCUGGGAACCUCCUGGACCCCACAGCUCAGGAUCAUCCUGGACUUCCUCUCAGGGACCUUCAUGGGGUCUCUCUGGGGCUCCCCCGGGACCCUCCUGGAUCCCCACAGAACCCUCCUGGCCCCCGCAGCUCAGGACCGUCCUGGACUUCCCCUCAGGGACCUCCUUUUGGACACUCUUGGGGUCUCUUUGGGGCUGCCCCAGUCCCCUCCUGUUCCCCCCAGGCCCCUCUUCCCACCCUCCACAUCCCCCCCAUGCUCCCCUCAGCCCCCUGCCCCGUCCCCCAUCUUUUUUUGUACGACACCCCCACAAUAAAAGCGACACCUGCA